GGGCAAUCUGCUACUAUUCGUUUGUACACUUCAGCACUUCAUCAGAAUCAACUAUUUUUCAUGGAAUCGGCAUGGCAGAAUCAGAGACUUGGAUGAAGCUAAGUUACUAGAACAGGGCAAAACUAUUUUAAGUAGAAAAAGAAUGUCGCUCGGGGAGUUCUAUGCGGAGUAUGGGCCCGAUGCGUUCACAAAUCCGGUCACGCGCGCCGUGCUUUUUGGCGGUAGUGGAUCCGAGGACGAUGCUGACAUGGAUUACGAGUGCCCAGAAGGAUAUUGGAAGCUAAUCCGAAAGAACCCGACAGCUCAGCCCACCCCGACUCGAGACGAUGCUGACAAAAAAGCCGAAAGCAAAUCGCCAAAUGCAGCUGAGGAAAGCAACACCAAGAAAGAAAAAGACGUUGACAACGAAAAGGCAGUGUCGCUGAUCAUCAAAAGUAAAGGGUUUGAGGAUGCGACGUCUCGCGAAGCGUUUGACGAACUUUUUCUGGGAAAAAAAGUUCCGACUGAUGAAAUCACAGAGAUGCAAAUACUCAACGGCGAGGGUCUGUACGAACUUCAAUUCAGUGACUUCAUGUUCUUUGACCCGAAUGGUGAACCGGGUUUUAUCAAGUUCGGGCCGUCGACCGACAAGAUAUCGAAGGAACAAUACCGGCGGGACGUCGCGCUUAAAAAGACGCAGCGUCACGGGAAGCCGAAAGAAUUUACUUACGACGAGGAUUCCGACAUGGAGCUCCUCCUGACUGACGACGAAAGUAAAACGAAAAAGCAGGUGCCGACGAAGGGUGUCGCUCCGCAGAGUGAAGAGGAUCCUGACAAGUUUGAACACAUUACGACUUGUCGGAAGACCGCAAACUGGACUAUCUUCUCCAAUCCGCAGUAUCGAUUUCCCGCGCUACGAGACUUGACGAUUGACUUCGUGCACAUCCGCAAAUGCGUGCUCUCGGCCGAAAGCUUUCCGCUAUUGGAACGAUUGUCCAUCAGGCAAGUCAACCACCUCUCCGAGUUACAUUUCGCCCUGCCCUCGCUGAAGUUUCUCGAGCUCGAUCAUUGCUACUCGCUGCACAACUGCUCCCUCGAUAUAUCGUUGUCGUCGUGUCCCUCUUUGGAGAAGAUUGUGCUGUGCAAGAAUUACGGUCUAGAAAAGCUGGGGCCGCUGUACUUGCCGAAGCUCCGCACUGUGAAGUGCCACCGCUCGGAUGACUUGGCACGCUUUAUCGCCUACGCGCCUUUGCUGACGAAUGUGCACGAGGAGAGUUUGGAGCUCGAUGGACAGCCAGGGAAAAAGUGGGGGGCCAAGGAAUCGAAUGAGUUUCGGUUGUACGGUGAAAGCGAACUGUUCGAGUUUUUCCAGCUCUUCAAGGAGGAGAACCGAAGCAAGUUGCCGGAUUUCGCGAUGUCAUUUGCGGCUUGUGGAGGCGGACCUGCCCUUUCGCGGCGUGAUUUAGAGACGGCCUUCGAGGCGGCCUUGAUGCGGCAGCGCCAGGCGCAGCUUUCUACACUUGCGGAUACCGGCAACGAAGAGUACUACUCGUACUUUUAUUCGAAAAGUCGCAAGAAGAAGAAAGCGAGCGCUGCGCAGCAGAGCGACACAAAGAAACGCAAAUUAUCAAAUGAUUUGUAA